AUGCCAGGUUACGCAAAAAUGAUGAAAGACUUGAUGUGUCACAAGUUCGACUUUCAAGACCUAGCUACUUUGACAAUGAAUCAGACUUGUAGUGCUGUUGUUACAAGACCUGUAGCUGAGAAACUAUCCGAUCCUGGAAGUUUUACAAUUCCAUGCACCAUAGGUAGCUAUGCUUUUGACAAAACAUUAUGUGAUUUGGGGGCGAGCGUAAAUCUGAUGCCCUUGUCUAUCUAUAAAAAGUUAGGCAUUGGAAGAGCAUGGUCCACAUCUAUAUUACUACAGCUAGCUGAUCUAAUAGUGAAGAGAACAUCAGGUAUACUUGAUGAUGUACUUGUGCAGGUUGGGAGAUUUGUGUUCCCUGCAGAUUUUGUGAUUCUGGACAGUCAGGUUGAAGAGGAGAUUCCCAUAAUUUUGGGAAGGCCGUUCUUGACCACAGGGAGAGCUCUGAUUGAUUGUGAAACUAGGGAGCUAAAGAUGAGACUGAAUAAUGAAAAAAUAACAUUUAAUGUGCAAACGUCCAUGAGUGAUGUGAUAACGGAGGAGGAAGAUGAGACACUUCAUGCAAAAGACCCUCUAGCAGUCUGCCUCAUGAACUUAGAAGAGGUUGAUGGUGAGGACUUGUCGGAGUGGGUUUUGGAUCUUUAA